AUGUGAGAGCGAGUUAUUAUCCCUUUAAGAAUCUUUCUGGUUCAAUCUGAUCAAUCCAAAUAUACAAAUAUGGAAGUUCAGGGCACUGUGAGAGAAUCUGAACCUCAGGAAUUUGCUCUUCCGGUGGAUUCAGAACACAAGGCCACUGAGUUACGCCUAUUCUCAAUGGCCCCGCCACACAUGAGGGCAUUUCAUCUGUCUUGGUUCUCUUUCUUUUCCUGUUUUUUAUCGUCUUUUGCCGCUCCACCGCUCCUUCCCAUUAUACGUGACAACCUUAAUCUCACAGCAACUGACAUUGGCAAUGCAGGGAUUGCAUCCGUCUCUGGUGCAGUCUUUGCACGUAUUGCCAUGGGAAGUGCUUGCGAUCUAUUUGGACCUCGUCUAGCUUCCGCUUCGCUUAUCCUCCUCACUGCUCCAGCCGUUUACUUCACUUCCAUUGCCUCUUCGCCUGUCUCUUUCCUCCUCGUACGGUUUUUCACAGGCUUCUCUCUCUCCACUUUUGUCUCCACUCAAUUCUGGAUGAGCUCUAUGUUUUCCAGUCCAGUAGUCGGCACAGCUAAUGGUGUUGCAGCCGGCUGGGGAAACCUUGGAGGCGGUGCAACGCAACUCAUCAUGCCCCUUGUGUUUGCCAUCAUCCGUGACAUUGGUGCAAUCAAAUUUACAGCUUGGAGAAUUUCCUUUUUCAUUCCUGCCUUAAUUCAAACUCUAUCAGCAUUUGCCAUUUUGAUCUUUGGCCAGGAUUUGCCUGACGGGAAUUUUGCCAGGCUGCAGAAAUCUGGUGAGAAACAGAAAGAUGAGUUCUCACGGGUGUUCUAUCACGGGGUUACAAAUUAUAGAGGAUGGAUUUUGGCGUUGACUUAUGGGUAUUGUUUUGGAGUAGAGUUAACAGUGGACAACAUUAUUGCAGAGUAUUUCUACGACAGAUUCAAUCUGAAACUUCACACUGCAGGAAUUAUUGCAGCAAGUUUCGGAUUAGCAAACAUCAUUGCUCGACCUGCUGGAGGAUGGAUUUCUGAUAUUAUGGCAAAGAGGUUUGGAAUGAGAGGUCGGCUUUGGGCAUUAUGGUUGGUGCAGACACUGGGAGGUGUGUUCUGUGUAAUUCUUGGACAGAUGGGAUCACUAACUGCAUCCAUCAUAGUGAUGAUAAUCUUCUCUGUGUUUGUUCAAGCUGCAUGUGGGCUUACAUUUGGGGUUGUUCCUUUCGUCUCCCGGAGGUCAUUGGGGGUAAUAUCUGGGAUGACAGGAGGGGGAGGCAACGUCGGUGCAGUUCUGACACAACUAAUAUUCUUCAAAGGAUCAAAAUACUCAAAAGAAACAGGAAUAACUCUAAUGGGUGUAAUGAUACUAUGCUGCACUCUUCCAAUAAUGUUAAUAUACUUCCCACAAUGGGGUGGAAUGUUCUGUGGUACAUCUGAAAAUAAGAUUGCUACAGAAGAAGACUAUUAUUUGUCUGAAUGGGAUUCAAAAGAAAAGGAGAAGGGUUUACAUCAAUCAAGCUUGAAAUUUGCUGAUAAUAGCAGAAGUGAAAGGGGAAGAUCAAAAGUGAACUCUUCAACCAUGCCACCUUCUGAGAAUUCACCUACUCAUGUCUAAGCUAUUUAUAGUUGUCAAAAAUGCUCCUUAAAUUCUCAAAGUUAUUAGGUUUUCUUCUUCUAUGUAACCAUCUGCUAGCUUUUUCUGUAAGUCCAGUGUGUUAUCGUGUUUAUUAAAGCAAAAAUGUGAAAGUGUUGCUCAUAAA